ACAUCCGCCUGCGCGUCCGCGCCGAGUACUGCGAGCACGAGUCGGCGCUGCGCCGCAGCGUGGCCUCCAGCCGCCCCCGCGGGCCCGGUCGCCAACUGGACGUUUUCGGUCAAGCCAGCGGCGUCCUGAAAUCCCGGGAUUUGGGUUCCAUCCUCUGCGACAUCAAGUUCUCGGAGCUCUCCUACCUGGACGCUUUCUGGGGCGAUUACCUGAACGGCUCCCUGCUGGAGGCCCUCAAGGGGGUCUUCCUGACGGAGGGGCUGCGCCGCGCCGUGGGGCGCGAGGACGUGCGCCUGCUGGUCAGCGUCGACCAGGACGAUUACGAGGAGGGGCGGGGGUUGGGGGAUGCGCGGCGUACGCGGGUCCGUACGCGUGUGUAUACGUGGGUCCAUACGCGGGUCCAUACGUGGGUCCCUAUGUGGCUCCAUAUGUGGGUGUAUACGUGGAUCUAUACGUGGGUCCGUCCGUACGUGGGUGUAUACGUGGGUGUAUACGCGGGUCCAUACGUGCGUGUACGCGUCUGCGUGGCCCCGUAUGGAGCCGGUGGCCGCCCGGUCCGUACGUGGGUCCAUACGUGUGUGUAUACGUGGGUCCAUACCUGGGUCCAUACACGUGUGUACAUGUGGGUGUACACGUGGAUCUAUACGUGGGUGUACACGCAGGUCCGUACGUGGGUGUAUACGUGGGUGUAUACGCGGGUCCAUACGUGCGUGUACGCGUCUGCGUGGCCCCGUAUGGAGCCGGUGGCCGCAGGGGAGCGGAGCCGGGGUGCGCGUGAGGGUAGAGAGACCUAUAGUGCCGCUGUCCGCCUCCGGAGGGAUAAAGGUAAAGCGGUGGGUGGCGUAUAG